AUGCAUGACACCGGAAAGAACGCAGCCUUGCUGUUCCUGGGUGAUGCUUGCCUGGGUGGGAGCGGCCCCCUCCUCAGCCUCGCCUACCGGCUCAAUGGAGACGCGCACACUCUGCCGGUAUGGGGCAAGGCCGGCAAGGUGCAGAUGCUGCCCAAGGCGCUGACCAGCGGGCAGGGCACGGCUGGGGACGUGGUCUGUCGGCUUCUGCUGUCUGGGCGUCACUUUCUCCUAGUGCACCGACUGGCGCUUGUGCUGCUGCCCCAGCUGUCCAGGCUGCUGGCUGACGUGGAGGCCCACCCGGGGUUCCUGCCCGCCAUGCUGGAGCCCAGCGAGCUCAUGCAGCACCUGCACACAAAGGGCGCAGCUCUUACUGGCCACCCCAAGGGCGUGCUGGUGUCCUACUUGGACAAGGAGGGGGGAGUGGGGCGGGCUGUGAUCACAGUGGAUGUGGCGCACUCCUGCCUGAAGCUAUGCAAUGCAGAUGGGGGCGGUCAAGGGCAGCCUGUGGGCACACUGGAUGCAGCCCUGGCGAUCCUGCCAAAGUUGCAGCCGGCGAAAGGCAAGCGAUCGGCUGAGACAUUCGACCUGCACGCCGACGACGGCUCUCUCAGCAUCCCUCAGGCGCCAGAGCGGCUCUUUACAGAGCUGCCGGAACAGGCAUUGGAGACAGCGCCUUUAAGAAAAGAAGAAGCGGCAGCCAGUGCAGCACAAGAGGAGUCUCUGCGCAGAGACAAGGAAGCUGAACUUGCAAGCGUUCCAGCAGAUCCGCGGAUAGCAGCGGCAGUGCGUAGCAUCAGGAAUGGGGAGAGUGCUGAAGAGCAGCGGGAUGCCUUGCUGGAGGUGUUGGAGGAUGAGAUGAGGGGUCCUGCUGACUGGGCAGAUGCAUGGAUGGAGCAUGGCUUUCUCGAGGCGCUUGUCCUGAGAGCCACAGCUGCUGGAGACGGGGGCGGAAAUGAGGGCGACCAAAUUGAUGAGCUGAUCGCCCAAUCAGCUGUGGCAGCUCUGUCUGGCGCCAGUGACGAGGCUGCAGCAGCCCAGCGCAUUGUCAAGGAGCUCAGAGGGGCGCUUGCAGAGGGCCUGCCUGGCGUGGUGCUCCUGCGGUUGCUGCUGGCUGUGGCCGACCUGCCCGCCGUGUGCAAGGUGGCAAUGACCAGCAAUCUGGGGAGUGCAAUUGCAGCGCAUCUGGAAGCGCUGUGUGUGGUGAAGGCGCCUGCGCCGCCGUGUGAGCUGCCCACAUCAGACCGCACGAGCAUCACGGACGACUCAGCCUUUGCGUCAUUCCGCUCACCCACCAGCCAGAGGGCGAAGCAGCCCUUACGCGACGUGGCCGGACUCAAAAUUGACAUCCCAGGUCUGGAUGUCAACAGUGGGGGAGAUGGAGGGGUCUUGAAUGAGAACGAGGGCGCAGUACCUCAAACUCAGGCACUUAGCAAGCUGUGGGCACCGGCCAGCAGUGGUCCCAUUGCUGUCCCCGGGUCGUCCAGCAAACGAGUUGUUGUGCCCAAACUCAUGCUGCCCACCAGCCAAUCUCCAGGAGCACUCAUUGGCGGCCUGACCAGGUCCACACGGAGAAACUUGACAGACCCAAGACAGGGCGGUUUUGCGAGCACGCCGCUUGCGCGCACGCACUCACCAGCGUUCGGCACACCACCCACCUCCUUCCGAGAGGAGGAUGAAAGCCUGCCGGUGACUGCCUCUGCAGAGCUGGCGGCGCUAGGUGGCGCGUUGGGAGAGAGCUUGGUGGCGGCUGAUUUGGCGACCAUCAUAUCGCACAAGCGGCAGGCCACGCUGCGCCGCGCGCCGUCCUCUGCCCUCGCGCUGCACCUGCACCUGACUGACCACUCCACAUCCCUGGACGCGCACAGGAUCCUGCUGACGGCGCGAUCCACAUCCAGUGCGGUAUCGCCCCGGCAGACGGCGCGCGGCUCAUCUCUGGGCUCGCCAGUGGGUCGCCUGCAGCGUGCCACCUCCCGCCUGACAUCCCACCGUUCCAUCGCCUCACAGCAGUCUCUGCCCUCUCCCCACGCUCCCUCCUCAGAUGAUGAGAGCGCAGACAGCCAGCGCAUGUGUCUGCUGCUGGAGGCGCUCUUGGCAGUGGCGCCACUUGUGGCGGAGUGCGCCGCGCUGCGCUCACCCGCACGCAGCCUCGCCUCCCACCUCAUCGCGCAGGCCACCCCCAGUACCCCUAAGGGUGAUGGAAUUGCUGGGAUCAGCGAGCGCCAGCGCAAGCUGUCCAUGGCGGUGCUGCACUACUUUGCGGCGGAGGUGCCCCGUGGCAAUGACAUCAUUCAGCAGCCGAGCUGCUUCAUGCAAAGCCCGCACGCUGCGGGGCAAGCCGCUGCAGGGCGCGCGCGCGAGAAGCACCCGCUGGUGCAGAGCGUGGCAGCCUCUCUGACUGCGCUCUGCAGUGACAGAGCGCAUCGGGCACUGUCGGCCCAGGCAUUCAAGGAUGCGUCGGCGCUGCUUGAUCUGCUGGAUCACUACCUGCUGGCGUCCCCUGCGCCCUCGCUGCCCAGACUCGUGGAGAGCACCUGCUCGACGGCCGUGAAGGACCUGCAGAGAGCGCUCAUGACCAGCGGCCCGCUGCACUCGUGGCCGCAUGAGGCGAUGGCUGCAAUGCAGGCCCUUCUGAAGCUGGACACCACUCUGCUGCAGCGCUGCCAGGAUGCUGGACUGGGGAGGAGUUUGAUCCAGCGCAUGGUGCGGGACCGGAGAGCAGCCAACUUCCGGGCGGACAUUGUGAGGACCGCGGCGCAGCUGUGCGAGCACGGCGCAUCCGGACUGCAGAUGCUCCUCGUGGCCUGCCUGGAUCACUACACUGCCCUGGCCGAGCUCCUGGGCAGACAGCCUGCUGUUGGACAGGUGGAGGCAAAGCAGCCUGCCAGGGCCGCACCGGCAUCCGUAUCUGCUGCAGAGGCGGAGGAGGGCGCUAACAGCGAUGGAGGGAAGGGGGCAGACAUUCUGGUGAAGCACACCCUUCAGGGUGACAGCAUCGCCAGUUUAGGCGCGCAGCGGGGAGUCAGCCUUGACACUUCCAGAGCGGAGGCCCUCAAGGGGCUGGCCUUCCUAGUGGACCCACCCAAGGGCGUCGCCGUGCGCCUGCUCACCGGGCCGGCGUCGGCUCAGUCUGAGCGGGAGCACAGCGGGCCGGAGGCGCGCGCGGCGCUGCGGCUGCUGGCGGCGGUGUGGGGGGCCCCGGGGAAUCCCUUCCUGGGCUCCAAGCAGGCGGUGGACCAGGCCGUGCACCUGCACUUUCUGCACUUUGCCAAACUCUUCCACGGCCGCUCCAUCAGCGAGUCCACCACCACCCUGUGCCGCCUCCACCUUGAGGUGCUGCGGGCCAUGGCGCGGUGCACGGGGCCGGCGGUGCGGCGGCGGUUCUACCAGCUGCGCGUGAUGGACCUGCUGGUGCGCGAGCUCAGCCUGGAGUACGAGGCCGCGCUGCAGGCGCGCCUCCCGCCCGCGGCCGGCCGCCUCGCCUCCGCCGCCUCUGCCGGCUCCGACUUCCUGUCUUCGCCCUCCCGCCCAGCCGCUUCUCAAGGCGAUGCAGCGAGAGGGCCGAGCAGCCCGUUCCUGAACAAGGCCGGGCAGGCCUUUAAAGUGCCCCCGCUGCAGCUCUCGCCGGCGCCGUCCGCCACCGCACUGGAUCUGCGCGGCCUGUCCGGGCAUAUGGCGCCUCUCAGGGACGCCGACUCAAACCUGUCCGACGCCGUCACUGGGCGCGAAGCCUCCUUCGGCUCCCUUGCAGGUGGCCAGGACGCCGCUUCUUCACUCAGCGCCCACGGCUCGCGGCCCCCCACAGGGGGCAAGCCGCCGCUGGGCAGCUCCCGGCCGACGGCGCGUGGCCGGGGCUCGCCCGUGCGCAGCAGCCGCAUGGCCGCACCGCAGCGGCCGUCCUCCGCGCCGAGCUCCGGCCGCAGCUUCGCGGCGCCUUCCGGGGCGCUCCCCUCAGCCGCCACCCCGCGCCUCGGACGCGCCAACACCGCCGUCCCCCGCCUGCUCCUGCAGAGCGCCAUGCUGCAUGCCACGCAGAGCGGCGGCUUCCCCAGCCCGUCGGAUGACGGCAACCAGACAGCGCACUCUGCGGCUUCCAGCAUGAAUGCAGCGCCGGAGGCUGCCUCUGAAACUGCAGCCGAGGUGCUGCAAUUAAGCAGGGAGGAUGCGGACAGCGCCUCGGACUGCUCCACAGAGGACGAGGGCAGCUCUGAGUCGGACAGCGGCUCUGAGGCGUCUGGGGGCGGAACAACGAGGAGGCAGAUGGGCCCGCGGCAGGACGCAACCGCCUCGAAGCCGACUGCGCCGUUCCAUUUCAGCGGUGACCUGGACGCUGAUGUGGCGGCCCUCGAGGCCCUGGAAGGCGCCAGCAGCUACUACAACUGUGACACUCAACGGACGUGCAGCAGCACAGGUUGGACGCCACGGCCUAGUGAAGGCCCGGCAGCCGCCGUCAAUGUACUGAAGCUGGGCGCACUGCCGCAGAGGCCGCCCAGCGCGGAAUCCAACGUGCCGCGCCUGAACCUGAUGGGCUCCCUCAGGCGCAGCCAGCACUCCGGCAGCGACCAAUUUCCCAGUGAAAAGGGUUACGGUGACGCGGCGGAGGGCGGGCUGGGGUCCCUGGAGCAGAUGGGCCUGGGCAUGGGCAAGAUGCAGGCUGCCCUGGAGGCGCACAAUAGCGCGGGCGAGUGCCUGGAGGAGCCCGUGAUGGUGCUGUCCUACGGCGAGGAACGCGCCAGGCGGGUGCUGUACCAGGACAAGGAGCUGCAGCUGCUGGUGUUGGAGGUGGUCUUGGAGCUGUUGCUGAACGAGGCGGGGCAGCUGGACUCGCUAUACUCCUCGCACCAGCCCCUGGAGCGGCGCCAGCAGAAUAUCCCCCACCUGUUGCACCACCACCUCAACCACCCCUCCAACGCCGCCCUCGGCCCCCCGCUCCUGGCCGCAGCCGCGCGCAUCGGCCCGGCCGCCACCCGCCUGCUGCGCCUGCUCUGCUGCUCCCUCUUCCAGCCGGGCCUCUACUCGCACCGCAGCCGCCUCGCCCGCGGCGCCUACGCGCAGGUCUACACAAGCUCCUUCACGGAGACGGGCGCUUGUGAGGAGGUGGCACUCAAAGUCAUCGACAUCCCCACCUCCAUCCACGACCCCUGCUACCAGGUGGAUGUAUUUUCGGAGGUGUCUAUUCUGGAGAGGUUCAGGGGCCAGCAGGCCGUGUGCCAGCUACUCAACUAUGGGCUUGAGGGGGACUCCAUCGUGCUGGUGAUGCGCAAGUACGCGGCCUCGCUUAAGGCCUGGCGCGCCCGCAUCACCUCACCGCCCGCCCAGCAUCUCCGCCUCUACCUCACCAUCUUCGCUGACAUCAUCGCCGCCAAGCAGGUGCUGGCGCAGGACAACGUGGUGCACUUUGACCUCAAGUGCGACAACGUGCUGCUGGAGCCGGUGGCGGGCGCGGCCGAGGACGAGUUCUGGCUCCCCGGCAGCGCGCGGCCGCCCUUCCGCGUGGUGCUGGCCGACUUUGGCGAGAGCCGCAUGUACGCCUCGGCAGACGGCGCCGUCACCAUCCGGAACCGGGGCACGGAGUAUGUGAAGAGCCCAGAGAUGCUGCUGGUGGGCAACGCACAGCGAGCGGACCGCCACGGCUUUGACAGGCGCCGGCGCGAGGGCGCGGGGCCUCCCGCCGACGUGUGGGCGCUGGGCUGCCUGCUGUACGAGCUGCUCACGGGCGACUUCCUGUUCUACGACCCCGACUGGAUCCGCUUCUUCGUCCGCCUCGCUCAGCCUGGCCAGGAGCUGAUCCCGCCGGAGCGCCUGAAGGCUGUGGCGGACCUGCCAGGGGUGGUUGAGCUGCUGGAUUACAUGCUUGUGCGCGACCCCUGCCGCCGCCCCUCCCUCUCUGACAUCGCGAUCAGGGUGGAUCAGCUGCUUCGGGGCAAGAAGGUGAAGCUGCCGGCGCACGAGCGGCCGGCCGGGGCGGGGGGUGGCCGGCAGGUGCGCGCAGGUGCCGCCGGCACGGACGUCACGCCCAAGCAGCAAGCGCUCCUGCAGCCCGCCGUGAGCAACGCCAGCGAGCUGAGCGUGCGCUACAGCCUGGCAGAGCACUAUCUGAGCGUACUCACGCCGCUCACGGACCGGCUGCUAAUCGGCUCGAAGGAGGCCCUGUCCAGUCAGCACGCCCUGCGCCAGCACGGCAUCACCCACGUGCUCCUGCUCUGCUUCGGCCCCCAGUCCACCGGAGACGGCCAGAGCGAGGGUUCAGGGGACGGUGCCUGCUGCCUGGACUGGGUGCUGUCCGACGCAGGCCUCACAGCCGCUAUCGCCAACUGCACAGCUACCGAGGCUGCGUGCAGGGUCGUCCCUCUGGGUGCCCUGCCCUGUGGCUCGGACGCGGAUGAUCAAGGCUCAGAGCAGCGGCUGCUGGAAGCCAUGCCCAGCAUUCUGAACUUCAUCGACGCGGCUGAGGCAGGGUGCAGCACAGCAGCGCCUGAUCUGGUGCGGGCGUCUGGCCGUUCGGGGGCGAACCUCGUGCGCCGCCGGACGUCCUCCAGCUCCUCAGACGGCGAAGCCGGCGCCGACAGCUUCGCCCACCUUCCGGGGCAUGUGCCUUCCAGCGCAGACGGGCUUUGGAGGCCAGACGCGGAGCCACAGGCGCGCAGGAGCUCAGGGGAGGCUCGCGCAGGGCCAACCUCGGCCCGCCUGCCCUCAGACCGGGCAAGGGUCAGUAUGGAGGGAACGCGCAGCAACCCGGCGUCCGCCCGCAACGCCGCCACCUCAGCCGCUGACAUCAGCGUGGCCAAGCGGUGGCUCAAGGCCCAGGGGCGUUGCACGGGCAGUUCCGCGGGCAGCCCAGCCGAGCAGGCGGGCAGGGGUGAGCGCGGCAGCUGCGCGGGGGCAUCGAGCGGAGCGGGCGGCAGGGUCUUGCUGGCGGCUGCGGCCGGGUAUGAGGGCGAGGCGGCGGUGGUUGCCAUUGCGCACAUCAUGCAGCAGGGGCUGAGCCCCCACGAGGCUCUGGUGGCUGCAUCGCAGCGCCAUGUCGCCCUGCAUCUGCAAGACCACAACCGGAGACAGCUCACAACGUGGGCCAGGCUUGCGAGAUAG